UAAAGAUUCUUCCCCCUCAAAAAUCGCGGUUUGCGCUUUCGCACUCGACGCUCCUCCGAUCCUCGCUCGUAAACUUCGUGAGCGUCGAGUGAUCUCUGGUAGCUAGCUACUUCAGAAGUCAAAAUGGGUUUGACGUUCACCAAGCUCUUCAGUAGGCUUUUUGCAAAGAAGGAAAUGCGGAUUCUGAUGGUGGGUCUUGAUGCUGCUGGUAAGACUACAAUCUUGUAUAAGCUCAAGCUCGGCGAGAUCGUCACCACCAUCCCUACCAUUGGGUUUAAUGUUGAGACUGUGGAGUACAAGAACAUCAGCUUUACUGUAUGGGACGUUGGUGGUCAAGACAAGAUUCGUCCUCUGUGGAGGCACUACUUCCAGAAUACACAGGGUCUUAUUUUUGUGGUUGAUAGCAAUGACAGGGAUCGAGUGGUUGAGGCAAGGGAUGAGUUACACCGAAUGUUGAAUGAGGAUGAACUGAGAGAUGCUGUUUUGCUCGUUUUUGCCAACAAACAAGAUCUCCCCAAUGCAAUGAAUGCUGCAGAAAUAACUGACAAGCUUGGACUUCAUUCCCUUCGCCAGCGCCACUGGUACAUCCAGAGUACUUGUGCAACUUCUGGAGAGGGUCUCUAUGAGGGUUUGGACUGGCUUUCCAACAACAUUGCGAACAAGGCAUGAAGCUGUUAAAAAAUUUUGGUGGUUGUCUCGUCAUUCCAUGCAAAUUUGGUGGUUCUCGAAGAGGAUGCUUCCCUUUUUUAGUGAAUGUUGUAAUAGCCAGAUGUUUGUUAGAGUUUACCUCCUCUUCUGUGUAAGUUGGGUUUGUGUAUGAUUCCUUAUAUUAGCUAAUACUUUUUAGCUGUAACUGGAACACUCUGUUGCAGUCUCCUGUGGCAGAAGGCUUGUGUGUGGUCAUUUUGUCAGCUCGACAGUCAGUGAAUAUUUCUGUGUUGAGGUAUUGCUAUCUACUAGUCAUUCUGUUGCAACUUUCGAGAAUAUCUUUGUGGAAAUUUUGAUUUCUGUUAACAGCCAAAUAUAUAUGAUCAUGUUUUGGAGAGAAUCGAGUACCAUUUCUUUGUAAUUUAGCGACUAAAACUUGGGGUUUUAUAAGCCCAAUAUUGCCUUUUUGGCCUUUCUAAUGCAAGGAUAACUUUCGUUUUCAGGA